UGUGCCUUGAAUUGAAAUGGCUUCUACAACACCCACUACCAAAACCAUUGCCAAAGAGAUAGUUCAUGAUUUCGGUACUUUUAUCAGGUUCUUCAGUGAUGGCACCUUAGAACGGCCAUUACAAUCACCAUUCAUGCCACCAAUGCUUGAUGACCCUCACACUGGACUCUCAUCCAAAGACAUUGUCAUCUCACCCAACCCCACAAUUUCCGCUCGUCUCUAUCUUCCAAAGUUGACCAAUUCCAAAGAACAUCACCAAGUUGAUAAAGUUCCAAUCUUGGUCUACUUUCACGGUGGUGCUUUCCUCAUGGAAUCUGCUUUCUCCCAGAUAUAUCAUACUCAUUUCAAAACCUUUGUCCCCAAAGCAAACGUUAUAGUCGUUUCUGUUGAGUAUAGGCUUGCUCCAGAGCACCCUCUCCCUGCAUGUUACGAUGAUUGCUGGGCUGCACUACAAUGGGUCGCAUCCCAUUCUACCAAAACCCCCACCAACACAGAGCCAUGGUUGAUUGAACAUGGUGAUUUCAACAGAGUUUUCAUAGGGGGUGAUAGUGCUGGUGGUAAUAUAACGCAUAACAUUGCCAUGCGUGCUGGGACUGAGGCUUUACCUGGUGAUGUUAAACUAUUAGGAGCUAUUUUAUCUCACCCCUUCUUCUACAGUUCAUACCCAAUUGGGUCAGAACCUGUUAUAGAGCCUGAACAGAACAUGGAUAUUGCGAUUUGGAACUUGGUGUAUCCAUCUGCACCAGGUGGGAUUGAUGACCCCACGGUAAAUCCUGUGGGUCCAGGGGCACCUAACUUGGCUGGACUUGGGUGUUCUAGAAUUAUUGUGUGUGUUGCUGGUAAGGAUAAGUUCAGGGACCGAGGAGUUUGGUAUUAUGAACUUGUGAAGAAGAGUGGGUGGCAAGGGAAAUUGGAAUUGUUUGAAGAGAAAGAUGAGGAUCAUGUUUAUCAUUUGUUAAAUCCAGAAUCUGAGAAUGCCAAUAGAUUCAUCAAGCGCUUGGUUUCUUUUCUCCAGGAGUAG